UUACUCUUUUAUAGUUAUUUUAGAGUUAAUGCUUAAAAAGGUUUGUUUUGUCUUGAGCUAUUAAGGUAAAUGAGCAGAAAAUUUUAUAUGUUACAGUUAACUCUCAAUUAUUAUCAAUUGAUUUUCUAGUUUAUGAAUUUCUAAGCUGAGACCUGUGUUCCCUGUCUUUUAUUAUAGCCUGUUUUUUAGGUUAUUUCACUUUUUUGUUUGCAUAGCUAACAGAACAUGUCGUUCUUGUUGGGUGCUGUUGAGUCAAGUCUGCCUCCUAGCAACCCCAUAUGACAGAGUAAAACUGUCCCAUAGGGUUUUCUAGGCUGUAAUCUGUAUGGAAGCAAAUUGCCAGGUCUUUCUUCCUUGGAGCCACUCAGUGGGUUCGAACUGUCAGCCUUUCUGUUAGCAGCCUUUCAGUUAGGGCUCACUUAACAGAACAUUAAAAAAAAAAAACAAAAAACUCAAACCCGUUGCCGUUGAGCUGAUUUCAACUCAUAGUGAAUUUGUAGGGCAGAGUAGAACUUUACAGAAGUAGCCUGCCACAACUUUCUCCUGCGAAGCAGCUGAUGGGUAUGAACUACUGACCUUUCGGAUAGCAACCGAAUGCUUAACCACCGCACCACCAGGGCUCUUCCUUAACAGAACACAGAGGAAAUAAAAUCAGAUAAAAAUAAGACAAGGCAAUUUUUGCUUCUUAUUAGUAGCUUAGAGAGUUUGUAUUAUUAUUAUUUUUUUAAUCUCUUAGUGAGACAAGACUAGGAAAUUAAUAGCCAGCCAAUUGAUGCCAAAAAAUCCUUUUAUGUUUAUAACACCAAAACCUACCUCACUUCUGUCAAGUUGAUUCCAACCCGUAGUGACCCUGUAGGACAGAGUAGAACUGCCCCUAUAGGGUUUCCAAGGCAGCAGAUCUUUAAGGAAGCAGGCUGCUACAGCUUUCUCCUGUGGAGUGGCUGGUGGAUUUGAACCCCUGACCUUUUGGUUUGCAGCCGAGCACUUUAACCACUGCAUCACCGGGGCUCCUUUUUAUAUCACGUAUAAAUACAAUUUAACUUUACUUAAAUAUCAUUAAAUAUAUCAUAAUUGUAUAACUCUUGCUUUUCAUAUGCAGCUCUUUAGUUUUAGAUUUGUGGAAUUUGGGAUUAGAUGCGGAAUUUAGUGGAUGUAAGGAUAUUGAGUUACCUUUAUAGUAAUUGGUGUGACGUCUGUCAGUAGGAGCAUGCUGAUCUGUUAAAGAUAAAUAACUGUAAAUGGGUUGAUGUUUCUUGUAACUCGGGCUGGAUUUUUGCCACAAGAAGGUUGCAUACAGUCUGUUAGCAUGAAAUGAAAGUCGUUUCUUUGUGCAUUAUUAACUGACCAGGUACAGGAACGAGUCUGUAUUAAAAAGCAAAUCCCAGAUCGUGGUAGGAAUUAUAAGGUGCUAUUUGUUUGCCUGUUCGUUUUUAAUGUGGUAAAAAUACAGAAAAAGACGAUCCCAGUUCUUUUUAUUGAUUUCUUAGAAGUUUUGAAUAUGAGACAACCCUGGCUAUAAUUUAAGCAUGUUAAAACCUCACAUUGUGAGAUUUAUGAAAAUUAGAACAUUGACUAACUGAGCACUUAUAUUUGGAUUUAUUGGUGAACAUAGUAUGAAGGUACUUUAGAUGGUUAAAGGGAAGUAACAAUUUUUUGUCCUUUAGAGAGUGUUCAAAUAAUGUUAAAUAAUGAUCAAGUAUCACUUUAUUCAUGUCAAAAGAAGCAUUUGGUAAUUAAAUGCCUCAUUUCAUGUUUCCUUUUGGUUGCUGUGACUGUCUCCUGAAUAUGUCAACCUAUUCAUCUGAAAAUCAAUGGCUAUUGUAAGGAAAAUCAGUAGAUUCUCAGUCAUCUCGAAGUGAUUCUGAAAUUGUGCCAAAAGUUGCUAAAAUGACUGUAUCUGGAAAGAAGCAAACUAUGGGAUUUGAAGUACCUGGACUGACUGCGGAAGAAAAUGGUCAUAGUUUCCACACACCUCAAAAAGGACCUCCCAGUGAAGAUACCAGCAUUGCUUCUUCUGAUGUUCUUGAAAGUGUUUCUAAGUCAGCUCUUCUAUCCCACACCGUUCAGGCAUCUGAAGAGCAGAGUUCAACACCAACUCCAGUGAAAAAGUCUAGCAAGCUGAAGCAGCAGAUAGAUGUGAAAGCAGAACUGGAGAAGAGGCAGGGGGGGAAGCAACUCCUCAACUUGGUGGUCAUUGGUCAUGUUGAUGCUGGGAAGAGUACCCUGAUGGGCCAUAUGCUUUAUCUUCUGGGUAAUGUAAACAAAAGAACUAUGCAUAAGUAUGAACAAGAGUCUAAAAAGGCUGGCAAAGCUUCAUUUGCAUAUGCAUGGGUUUUGGAUGAGACUGGCGAAGAAAGGGAAAGGGGAGUAACAAUGGAUGUUGGUAUGACAAAGUUUGAAACCAAAACCAAAAUUAUUACGUUAAUGGAUGCUCCAGGCCAUAAGGAUUUCAUCCCAAAUAUGAUUACAGGAGCAGCCCAGGCAGAUGUAGCUAUUUUAGUUGUGGAUGCUAGUCGGGGGGAGUUUGAAGCUGGAUUUGAGACUGGAGGACAAACUCGAGAACAUGGCCUCUUGGUCCGUUCCCUGGGAGUAACACAGCUUGCGGUUGCAGUCAAUAAAAUGGAUCAGGUUAAUUGGCAAUACGAAAGGUUUCAAGAAAUUACUGGAAAACUUGGGCACUUUCUUAAGCAAGCAGGUUUUAAGGAGAGUGAUGUAGCUUUUAUACCUACAAGUGGUCUCAGUGGUGAAAAUCUAAUCACAAGAUCUCAAUCAAAUGAACUCUUAAAGUGGUAUAAAGGACUGUGCUUAUUAGAACAAAUUGAUUCCUUCAAGCCUCCUCAGCGAUCUAUUGACAAGCCUUUUAGAUUAUGUGUAUCGGAUGUUUUCAAAGAUCAAGGAUCUGGAUUUUGUGUAACUGGCAAAAUUGAAGCUGGUUAUAUCCAGACUGGUGACCGACUACUAGCAAUGCCUCCCAAUGAAACUUGUACUGCAAAAGGAAUCACCCUGCAUGAUGAACCUGUUGAUUGGGCAGCAGCUGGAGAUCACGUUAGUCUUACGUUGGUUGGGAUGGAUAUCAUCAAAAUCAAUGUUGGCUGCAUAUUUUGUGGCCCUAGAGACCCCAUCAAAGCCUGCACUCGUUUCAGAGCUCGAAUCCUCAUCUUUAAUAUUGAACUCCCUAUCACUAAAGGGUUUCCUGUGCUGUUACACUACCAAACUGUCAGCGAGCCUGCCGUUAUUAAAAGAUUGAUCAGCGUCUUAAGCAAAAGCACGGGUGAAGUCACAAAGAAAAAGCCUAAGUUUUUGACUAAAGGCCAGAAUGCAUUGGUGGAGCUACAGACACAAAGACCCAUUGCUCUUGAGCUAUACAAAGACUUUAAAGAACUGGGGAGGUUCAUGCUACGCUACAGUGGUUCUACAAUAGCUGCUGGGGUAGUCACUGAGAUAAAAGAAUGAUGGGUCAGAAUUUCUGUCCUGUUCUCCAAAUGCAGUGAAACAGCUAACCUCUCUCUGUAAAAAAUCCAGUUAUUCAGUUAAAGGAAUUAUGAGCAAUUGAUAUUUUUUAAAUGAGAGAAAAGUAAACUAUAAUCAGCUACAAAGAAGUAUUAAUAGUCAUUCCUGCAAAAACUACAAGUUGCCAACUGGCAAAGAAAAGCUAAUAUUGCACUUUCAUUUAAAAAAAAAAAAAAAUUUCCUUUUGAAAUUUUAGUGAAUGGAUUUA